AUGGCAAGAUCGGGUCAUUCCACUCAGUUGACUUCCAGUUCUGGAAGACAUAGGGCCCGCCAACCACAGACACAGAAGCUCACGGACUCCGAAAUUUCGGAGUUGAAGAACUACCUUCCUGAGUGGACUUCGGCGAAAAGGAAUGAGAAGCGGGCAGUUUUCACUGCCAUAGCUAGGGCUGCCAGGCUAUUUGCUCCCAAGGUCGACCAAGCACAAUGGAAGAAGAGGAAGCAGAUGUACAAGACAUGGUUGUUCAACAACAAGAAAAAGAAGGAGAGAAAGGACAUGAUAAAGUAUGGUAGGAAAUGGACUCCUAGGCAGGUGGUCUACCAGCAGAAGCGGGAGGAGGUGCUGAAGAGGAUCGAGGAAGAGUCCGGGGCAAAGCCAGGAGGUCCCGGUAUGUUCAAACAUUAUCAGGCGGCUGUGAAGAGAGUCAUGGCCGAAUUGUCCGAUGAUGAGUUGGAGAAGGCGAAGGAAACAGCCGAAGAAUGGUCGACCAACUUCCCGCCUCCCGAGAUACAAGCACAAGUGGCUCGUAAGAAGGGACCGGCUUAUAUGGAGCACUUUUCGAAGGAGAUGUGGAGGCAAUGCGGGAUGAGAGUGUUUGUGAUGUCGGCGUGGAAGAAUGAACAGGGAGAGGUGCUGUUCGGGAUGCACGAUGAUAACGAGGCGUUAGGAGAUGGGGACAGUUUCAUGAAGACGAAGGACUGGGAGGACAUCGAGCCAGUUUGGCAGGAGUACGCACAGGAACAAUUCGGUGCCGGGGCACGGGACGGAGGGCGACAGGUGAAGGGAGGUCGAAAGAGAAUCAGGAAGCCUGCUUUCGAACUCGAGACCGACGGGGAUGGGAUGCCGUUGCUUCCAGACAUCACCGAAACAAAACUCGAGGAGAAGAAAGCCAUAGUCAGAGCAUUUCUUACAUCUCACUAUCGUAUCUGUUCCGGGAUCGAAAAGGCAGUCGUGCCAUGGAGCGCCAUCGUACAAAGUCAGGAUGACUUUGUGGCAAGACAGUAUGUUCCGGCGGAUGUGGACUUGAAGGAGCCAUCGAAGCUGCAACAUUGGGACACGACCGCCCUACUGAACUUCUGGUAUGCUCGGCAGGAGAGAGGCAAAGGUCCAACGUUCCUGUUCAAAGCAUGGAAGAACAGAGAUGGGGACAUGGUACCCUCGGUUGUAGCCGGGAAUUUACCUUCUCAUCGGGCUCGUAAAGGUAGAAGAGAUAUGAUCCGAAGGCCUCGGGAGGCCGAAACUGACAGUGAUCUGGAGAGUGAUCCCAAGGGUGACACUGAUCACAUGGAGGAUGAUGCAGGUGAUGACGCAUUGGAAGGUAGAUCCCCGCGAAAGAGACGCAGAGCAGAGCCUGGUCCUUCGACGGCACAUGAAGGGACAGCGGUCCCACAUGCAAUUCCAAAGCCUCGCCCGGUCAAUGCAGGGAGAUCGAGUGCACUGCUGACAUCGCGAAUGGGCGACCUCCUGGCUGGACUGACUGAGGGGGUCACCAACAAUGUUCAGGAGGAUGGCGCAAUCCAUGGAGUCAAUAGGUCACUGGCACCGAAAAACAUGCGGGGAAAUAAGGCUGUGAUUGAGCCUUCGGCGAGGACUACCCGGAGUAAGUCAACACACAAGCCAUUGGACACUAGCCCUCGAGUGACCAGAGCGAGGGGAAAGAAGCAAUAG